AUGCAACAAAAAGAGGCUUUUCAUCACAUCCAAUACACUCUCAGGAGGUGGCAACUCAUCUCCUAG